UUAUAAUGUGUUUGGUUUGUUGUCGGCAUGUAGCGUCGCGUCGUAUCUAUUCGCUUUUAAAUGUUCAACACGAUCAGUAAAUCUAUCAAGGACAACACUCACUAAUAACUGGUUACUUUAAUAUUGUACGACACAGUGCGUUGUUUGGUGAAGAUAAAAUAUAAAAACUGUAGAUUUUGUUUUGGUUGGUGUUACAUAAUUUUUUUAAAAAUGUGGAUAUUUAUUGUCACUGGGGUACUAAUGGUACUUGGCUACUGGAUACUGAACCGGCGUCAGAACCACUGGACUAGGAAAGGUGUACCACAAUUAAAACCAACCUUUAUCUUUGGAAACUUCGGGCCUCUAGUUUUUCGCAAACUAUCGCCUCCUGAACUUGUACAAAAAAUGUACGACUCGGGCCAGGAUCAAAGGUACUUCGGCAUAUACCAAUUUCUUCGUCCAGGUCUUAUGUUAAGAGAUCCAGAACUCAUCAAACAAAUUACAGUCAAAGAUUUUGAACAUUUUUUGGACCAUGUUGGUUUCAUAGAUCCCGAAGUCGACCCUCUUUUUGGUAAAAAUUUGUUUGCGCUUCGUGGGAUGCAAUGGAGGGAGAUGAGAUCCACUCUUAGUCCAACUUUUACCAGUAGUAAAAUGAAGUACAUGUUUUCUUUAAUGUCACAAAAUGGAGAACACUUUGUAAAACACUUCCUUCAAAAAAAUGAAGAUGUAAUUGAAGUAGAAAUGAGAGACAUUGCUUCAAGGUUUGCAAAUGACGUUAUAGCUAAUACUGUGUUUGGUUUUGAAUGUGACUCCCUUAAAGAAACCAAUAACGAAUUUUAUACCAUGGGAAAACUUGCUACUGAUUUCACAAAUUUACGAACAGUUUUGGUGUUCAUGGGGAACGUCCUACUGCCCAAAAUACUAAAAUUUUUCAAAGUUACUUUCUUUCCUAAAAAAAUGACGAGCUUUUUUGGACGAAUAAUCAAAGAGAAUAUUGAAAGUAGAGAAAAAUACGGUGUCAAACGAUCUGAUAUGAUUGGAUUGUUACUUGAAGCUAGAAAAAAUAAACACAACGACGACGAACUCAGUAGCUUACCGGACACUGGUUUUGCUACAGUUCAGGAGUCAGAAAUUGGUAAAAAUCAAAAGCUGAGGAAGUGUGAAAUAACGGAUGAAGACAUUACUGCUCAGGCUUUCGUAUUCUUCUUUGCUGGAUUUGAUUCUGUUUCUACCCUUAUGUGCUUCAUAGCGUAUGAAUUAGCACUCAACCAAGAAAUACAAGAGAAGCUUAGGAACGAAGUAGACGCUACGAACGAAAAAUGUAGUGGACCAAACACGUAUGAAGCUUUAAUUACUAUGAAAUACAUGGAUAUGGUCGUAUCAGAAACCUUGAGAAAAUGGCCAAAUGCCGUAGGUACUGACAGAAUCUGUACUAAAUCUUACACGAUCGAGCCAAAAACGCCAAAUGAGAAACCAGUUCAUUUAGACAAAGGUGAUAUGAUAUUUAUACCGGUGUUUGGAAUUCAAAGAGAUCCACAAUACUAUCCAGAGCCAGAACGCUUCGAUCCCGAACGCUUCAAUGACGAGAACAAACAUAAAAUCAAACCGUAUACAUUCUUCCCUUUUGGAACAGGACCACGAAAUUGCAUUGGCUCGAGAUUUGCUUUAAUGGAAGUUAAGCUUCUGUUUUACAAUAUUUUGUCAAAUUUUGAAAUAAUUCCAAUUGAGAAAACACAAAUUCCGAUUCGCUUCAAUAGAAAAUCCAUAAAUAUGGCAUCUGAGAAAGGUUUUUGGCUAGGACUUCAACGUCGCGUAAAGUAACUGACACAUUUGAUGAUUUUUGUGUCAAAAAAUUGUAUUACUGUCAACAUAAAUUAAUAGUAAGUGUGUGUAUAAUAUUAUAAAACAAAAAAAUUGCAUUUAAUAUAUUUAACAUCUACCAAUACAGAUUAAGAAUGCUUCGUAAAUGGAGAGUGAAUAAAACUGAAUCAUGACUUGCUUACAAAUUUGACACGAUAUUUUUGUUGUAGUUAAUAACUGCAACAGUGCACGAUCCGUUGACUAAUUUCAUAUUUAAUAUUUAUGUUGCUGCAACUACUAUUUGAUACUUUUAAUAGUACCUAAUUUUUAUUCCACGAUGACAGUACAGGCUGAGUCAGUUAAAAGGGACAUCUCGAAUAACUUUUUUAUUUAUUAACCGAUAAUAUUAAAUUUGUAAAAGGAGAAUAGCAGCCUGCGUAAAAAAGUAUACUGCAGGAAUACCAUUUAUUUUUGAAAUUUUGUUUUUUUUUAUAUAUAAAAAAAUGUCAAAAAUUAGCUUAAUUAGCUUCACUAUUUAAUAUUCGUAAAUUACUGCAAUUGUUCGUACAAACAUUAAUUAAUUUUCUGACCAAUGUAAAAUUUGGUAAAAUGUUGGAUUGGAUUGUUUAGAAAAGCAUAACAAAUGAAAUAAAGUCUCAAAAAUAGUAAAAACGUGUUUAGAAAACAACGCGCAGAAAAUGCUGUAAGAAAAUAUUAUUUUACAAAAGUAAAUAAAACGCAUCUGAAAUAAUAAAUAUUGAACUUGGAAGAGUAUUUUUUUCAAUUUUACAAUAAAAUAAAAAUUUGGAUAAAUUAAAAAAAAUGUGACGAUUGGUUUAUAAUUAUUGAGCUUACUCUCAAUUAUUUCAUGUUAAUAAAGUGAUGCAUACAUAGAACCCAUUCGUCGUUAUUUAUAAACUAAACUCCAUUAACAUUGGUUCUCUUCGAAGUGCCCCUUUUUAGCUGACUCAUCGUGUAGUUAAUAGCAUUUAUAUAACUAUUAAGAAUGACUGAAAAAUAACCCUUAACCUUAAGAUUUAUCUGACGAUUUUUCUAAUAUCUGUACACAUUUUUUAAUUUUGUAAAAAUAUUUUAUAUGAGAGAGACAAUUGUUUGGAUGUUGUGAUAUUUAAUGUUAGUUAAUUAGUUAGACCUAGAUUUUUCCAAAGAUGAAAGUGAAAGAUGAACAAAAGAGUCCUUGCUCGUCUAACCUUGGUGAUCUAAAACUGUUAAAACUACUUGUUAGAGCUGAAUUCUGAAGUCCAAAUAAUUUUAGUAGAACUUUUGUAAUCUUCUGUAGCAGGAAAACCAAAAAUAAAGUAUCUUUUGCAUUGCC